UAAAACCCUCCUCCCAACCCCAUUCCCCUCCUCCAAAACGUUUCCCUCUAGGUAGUUCGAUUUCAGCCCCACCGAUUGCCAGAGCAAAAUCUGUAUUCGAAUCGUGAUUUUAUCGAAUUGAAUUUCAUGUAUUUGAUUUUGUGAUUUUGGCGGAGAUCGAAUCGAAAAGUAAGGGGGGUUUGUAGAUUCUUGAUGGGGAAGAAGAGGAAGUCUGUGGCGACGAGCCUCGACGAGGUUGAUCGAACGAUGUAUUCGACGUUUUGUAGCGCUGCGAACUCGCUCUCUCAGCUCUACACCCAGGCCAUGAACCAGCAAAAACUCAGCUUUCAAACUGGUGAACGCCAUGGACUGGAAAAACUCUAUCAGUGGAUUUUGAGACAACAAGAGGGAGGAUCCAGAGUAAACACUGUUGACAUACUCACCUACCUGCAGACUGAGCUGGACUAUUGCGGAGAGGAGCCAUCAGUGUCACCUAGAGCUCCACCCCAAAAUCAUCAUUCACAGUCCACAAUGCACUCUACAAAUUCAGGUUUCCUAGUCUCUUCAGGCUCAUCUGGUGCACCGAAUGCUGCGCAAGGGUUUCAAACAGAGCACUCAGAACAGCAGCCCAAGAAUUAUGUUUUCUCAAAUGCUCUGUCAAGUCCCGUUCGUCGGAGCCUCCAGAACUAUCAUAUUGCACAAGGAUUUAGGAACAACGAACCCAACUUUGUGCAACAACAGAACCGGGAUUCCAAUUCCUUGAACUCCAAUGAUUCCUCCAUGGACAUGCAUGCAGAUAGUCCAAGUCAAAGUCAUGAGUCUACUUACUGAAAAUUCUUUCCUAGUCCGCAUUAAAAGCUUGCUGUGGUGUUUAGUGUGGUUGAUAAGGAAAGGAGGGCACAAUGUGGAAACGGUUUGCUUCACACAAAAAUAAACAAGUGAUCGUGGUGACUUGUUGAAGUGUGACGAAAAAAGUCGAAGUAGUGUAUCUCAUUGGGCAGAAUACAAUAUUAUUAGCGCCAAACCUGUUAGAUGGACUCUUUUUCUUCUUCUUGUUCUUGUUCUUCUUUUUUUUUUUUUUUUUUUUUUUUUUUUUUUUUUUCCUAUUGUCAGUUGGUUGGUUUGGGGGUUCUGUGUUUUAUGUAAAGUGUUUGUUUCUGGUUAGUUCGGAAAAUGUUUGAAUUGGUAUUGUUGGUUGUGUCUUUGUUAUGGUUGUCUUUCUCAGUGAUAUGUGAUAUCCCUAGUAAAAUUACAUCAUUGUAGAUUUAUAA